CGCCUGUCACGUGAUCGUAUGCACAACACCUGUUGAUAUCUAUUUGCUACCGACGCGUUACGGCAAAUGUUAAUGGCAUCGCACCUUCCUUCGCUUAGCAUAACUGGUAGUAUUGCGCAGCCGAAGGCUAUCGUCACAUCUGCUAUUCCCCGCCAUCCUUUGCUGUUAUCAUAUUUUAAUUGCUGGUAAUGCCUCGUUUUACUGGCGUGCACGAUGCCCCGUCGGACUCUCUAGCGGACGCGAGACACGAACCAUACACAGAUAUUUCUCUAUCAUCGGUAGAGCCAGAUAUCCUGAUUUCUCCACCACGCUCUCCUAGUAGACUUGAUUUUUUUUAUGAAGAAGGCGGCGCUCUUGGUUGCUCUGAAUCAGAUGCAGAUGCAGAACUACCGAUUUCAAGGGUCGAGUGGGCACGCGACCUCUUCCGUAGCGGCCCAGCACUCGCGAAGUUCAGGGAGGAGGAAGACGACGACGACGAGCCUCUUAUCUGUCUACCGAUACUCCACAUGAAUGACCACAGCACCAAUUCCCAGACAGACUUAGAAGACGAGCCCCAAUGCAUCCUAUUCCCACCUCCACCUCAGACCGUCACCAUGGAGCCAAUUGCACCAGAACCUGUUCGUCAUGCUAUGCUUCCACAAGAAAAAAAGGUGCAAAUACCAACUCCUGUGUCACGUACCCACACGCAGCGUUUGAACUACCCUCACCGCGGAUUCUCACGGAGUGCUUUGUUGCAUCAAAAGUCUUUCUGGACAGCGCGCCAUGACGAAUGGUUAGAAUGGCAGGCCAAAGAAGUGAAACGGCGAAUAGACCACACUAUAUGUGCACAGGACCCUGGAAGCGCAUAUACUGGCAUUACGUUCGCGGAUAGUCAGGAAGUCUCUGGACUGCCAUCGCAAAUCCGCGUGCCUCUAGCUGGCUUGGAUCGUGACUUUGAAGGGUAUGCAUCGAGAGACUUUGUUCAGGACUCGAACGCGCCGAUCUACCCUCGUUUGGGCGAUAUCUCUGCGCUUCGUGAUCCAUACUCCGCCAAUGUCGACCGAUGCUUCUUCAGGUUUCCGUUGUGGACCAUUCACAAAACGCUCUACGUGUUCGACAUGUAUCAGAGGUCAGCCCAUAUUUCCGACCAGAUAGAGGGUUCUGUGUCCUCAGGAAGCUUGUCUUCGUCGACCAGUUCAUCGACAUGUGGUGAUGAAGAUGCAACCCUGGUUGCUGACGAUGAACCACCCUUCGAGAAACAAACGUUCGACGACGGGUCUCAUCAAGAAUGUCUACCACCUAAAACUCCAAAAAGAUCUCCUACAUGGGAGGCCAUCCGCGCCUGGGAGCUGAACUGGUACGCUCGCUGGGAGCUACUCAUUGGUCUCGUACAGCGCGACCAAGCCCUCCGGCAGGCAGCGCCGCUUUCGCCGUCGACAACUCUCUCCGGGUUCGUAGAUGAAGACCUUUCACCACCAAAAAAACUCCUGGAACCAUUCUCCCCGAAAGCCCCCACACCGAUUCUCCACUUUGCUGGCGAAGAUGGAGAGGGGGAUAGCGGAGACGAAGAAGACGACUAUGGUACAUUGAUUUCAAACCCAGUUUACAGCAUUGACGAGGCGUUCAAGGAGGGGUAUCAUCGUGCAGUAGAUUUUUUCACCAAAGAUCGAGGGUUGAAAAGAGAGCGUCGCCCGCGAACAGUGUCCGAGUAGAAAGUUAAGGAUGAUAGUCCGCGUCGAAGUGAACGAGGUUGGGAAUAUUUUUAUCUUAUGUGCAGCUCCCUAGUUUUGUCGAUCCAUGCUAUAUCCCGA